AUGGAGUGGGACAACAACAAUUCGAAUCUGAGCGGCGACGAGGAGGAAGGUAGCUUCGACCUCAACGAUGGCGUUGGUCCAAUCCCUUUACCCAUCGAGAGCUUGCUUCAAACCGCGCCUUGUGGGUUCGUGGUCACAAAUGCUCUUGAGCCUGACCACCCUAUCAUUUAUAGUAUUUAUCAUUUACGUCAGUACCUUAUUCGAGAUGGUUACUCGGUAUCAAGCUGA